GCCAAUGGGCGGAAGCGCCGCGUGAAACUGCUCCCGCCCCGCCCGGCGCGUCCGAGCCAAUCGAAAGGAGUGGUGUGUGUGCGAGGGCAAGUGGGGAGGGGGACCCAGUUCAGGACUGGGAGGCCCUUCUCGCAGGUCCCGGGGUCCCGGUGGCGGCCCGAGCGCUAGGUCCGCAGGCAGAGGGCGGGUGGUCAGCCCUCCCGCCCCCACCUCGCGCGUGCGCGCCCCGACGCCUCCCUCCCGGCCACCCUCUUCGGCUCCCGCGCGGCAGCAGCGGUUCCUCUCCCCCUUCCCCUAGCCCUGGCUCCGGGGGACCCCGCGAUGCCGGUCCGCACAGAGUGUCCCCCGCCGGCCGGUGCGUCGGCCGCCUCCGCGGCCUCACUCAUCCCGCCGCCGCCUAUCAACACCCAGCAGCCCGGCGUGGCCACCAGCCUGCUCUACAGCGGCUCCAAGUUCCGCGGCCACCAGAAGAGCAAGGGGAACUCGUACGACGUAGAGGUGGUGCUGCAGCAUGUGGACACAGGGAACUCUUACCUUUGUGGGUACCUGAAGAUUAAAGGCCUUACUGAGGAGUAUCCAACCCUUACAACCUUCUUUGAAGGAGAAAUAAUCAGCAAAAAACACCCUUUUUUAACUCGCAAGUGGGAUGCAGAUGAAGAUGUUGAUCGGAAACACUGGGGCAAGUUUCUGGCUUUUUAUCAAUAUGCAAAAUCAUUUAAUUCAGAUGACUUUGAUUAUGAAGAGCUGAAGAGUGGGGAUUACGUCUUCAUGAGGUGGAAGGAACAGUUCCUGGUUCCAGAUCACACAAUCAAAGACAUCAGUGGUGCUUCCUUUGCCGGCUUCUAUUACAUCUGUUUUCAGAAGUCAGCGGCUUCCAUAGAGGGCUACUACUAUCAUCGGAGUUCAGAAUGGUAUCAGUCCCUCAACUUAACCCAUGUUCCUGAACACAGUGCACCCAUCUAUGAAUUUCGGUGACAUCGGCUUAGAACAUCAACCAAAUAAAACUGAACUUGGCAGCAAAGAGCUUUGCCAAGAAAUUUGUGUACCUGCGAGAACCAGGAGAGUUGUAUUCCUGUUUCUUCACGAGCAGACUCGCAUCAGAAAGCAUGAAUGUUAACCCACAGAAUCCAACGAGAACAGCUGACCAGCGGGGCAGGUGGAGGACUAUCUUCCUUCCUCCUCCAACUCUGUGGCAGUCUGGUCAUCAUCUGUUUUCAAGCUACCUUAAAUGCACUUUUCCUUCCUGCACAGCUCACUUCUGCAUCGCUGAAAUGCCCAUUCCUUCCUCGGCCCUGCUUCCAGCCGAGCAGAAGGUCAGCUCCUGGGUUACCCUCAGCCUUGGUGCUCAGUGGUCCCCACCCAGAACCUUACCCCUCCCCAAUUGUUUGUCCAGUAACCCAAGAAAAGGCAGAGCCCCAGCACCCUUGUGUCCUCAGAGCUCUGUGCAAGAAGUUGGCCAGCUGCAGCUGCAUCUGCCACCAGUGAAACAAGGCAGGACCCUAUGGGGCUUCACCAGUCUUCAUUCAGCGGGCUCUGUUGAACCCUAUACUGUUAACUACGCAGGGCUACUACGUGGCUGUCAGGUUCCUGGGCCUGCAGUGGGAUCACUAAAUUUCAGGCUUCCAGAUCCCUGGCAGGAACAGAUCUCAAACCUGCAUACUCAGUAAUCUUGCUCCAAACUUUUGAACUUGAGGGCAAUAUUAAACUUAAAAAUAAGAGUUUUUUUUAAUUACAAAAUUAUUUUUAUGGUCCCUUUAAUGAGGACCCUAUGGCAAAUGCACAAUUAUUCAGAAUUACAUUUUAUCGUUUUCACAUUGAAAACAGCAAAUGUUGACUUAGUAAUUUUUAUAUGUAUAUGUAUAUGUAUAUUUAAUCAACCAGCAGUUUUGAAAUAAGUCAUCCUGGUACAAAAGUUUUGCAGCAUCACAUAAAUUAUAGUGCUAAACACAAGAACUGUUUUUGGGGCCAGUUUAGAAUUUGUAUCUGCUCCUUUUGCUACUCAAAACAACAAUGCUUUGUUGAUGACCUUUUCCACAAGGUGGAAAGGGUCUUCAUUCUCCAGAAACAGUGACUGAAAUGCCAGGAUGAGAUGAGGGAUGGGAAAUAUGAACACAGUCAAAUAACUUGAGGCUCAUGUGCCAAAGUGUGUGUGUGCACAUGCACAUGUGUGUGUGUGUGUAUGUGUGUGUGUGUGUUUCUUUGCUUUUGUUUUUCUAAAUGUUUAAGAGCUUAAUAGGUUGGCACCAGUUGUAACCAACAAAUAUGAGCAGGGCUUUAGGGAAUUGGCAUUUUUCUGGUGGUUUACAAGACUUAGUGUGAACAUAAGAAAAGCUUUAAAAAUAAGAUAGUGUGGGGGUGCGGGAACAGCUCAAUGGUAGAGCACUUGGCUAGCAUGCAUGAGACUUUGAGUUCCGUGAGCACCUCUGCCCUGACCCCCCCCCCAAAAGCAGAUAACACUGUAACAACAGGAGCAGAACAGCCUGCAUGUUACACAUCCAUGGGCCAUGUAAGAAAAUGCAAAGCCCUUUGGUGAAAUGAAUGGGGGAAUGAUUUUAUUCUCAAGAAGUGACUUUCCUUUUGGUGACAUGUACUGUAGUUACUGAGUCUGAAUGUUAGGGGAACCCUUAACAUAUUCACAAUGGGGGCCAUAAUUCAUAUGUCUCAAUGCUGGGUGGCUUGACUCACCAGUGGUACAUGCAUGACUGUCCUGUGCAUAACUACCACUUCUGCCACCAGUGGUUCAAGCUGGCAGGAACGUGUUAAAAGAACAGAAUUCAGGGAAGUAGCCAGUGGGUACUUGUGACGUCUAAAUUUUGUUGUCCAGAGACUAUACAGAGGUACAGCCUAACCAUUCAAUGAGGGCAGGCUUCAAAACCCUAAAAAAAAAUCACCCUGAAAAUAAUGGUGGAAAAAUAAUGCACAUCCAUUCCCAGAGAUGCAUUGAAAAUGUUUUCUCAUCCUUGAAACUCAAGCUGGGUGUAAUAACACGUGCUUAUAGUCCCAGCAUUUGGGAGCUCAGACAACUUAGUGAGACCUUGUCUUUUAAAAAAAACCACUAAAACUCAGCACGGCAGUAAAUGUCUGGCUCUGGUCAGACUGCUGGUUCACACUCAAGAUGUUGCCCUUGCUCCAUUAAGCUGAGGGAUAUCCCUGAAGAGUAAAGGAGGCCUACAGCGAGGCUGGCUCUCCUCAGGUGGUACUCGUUCCCCUUCCCUGCAUCUUUCCUUUCCAUACCGGGAGAUCGUGGCACUUGCUGGCCUCCUGGAAGGAUGUUGGCCCCCCACUCAGAGCAGCAGGUAGUCAUCCUUAGAGUUGUGGCACUGAGUGGUGCACCAGUGUGCAUGGAGUGCAGGUAUUGCUGGUAUCUGUUACAGAAGUUCUUCCUUUUCUCCUUAGCGAGGUAGUGAAGUGCACCAGAUGUACUAGAGAAAAUGGAGACAUGAUACCUUCACCAGAUCCUCCAGCCAUGUCUGUAACAGGUUAAUUGGCUUAAGUCGGCCCACUGAGCAAAGGGGUAGGACUAAGCAUUUUUCCACCUUUUCUUAGUAACUCCCCAAAUCAAUACCAAUUCUUUUCUCUCUGUCCCGGAAGGACCUUUGGGAAGUCACUUUCAUGUGUAUUUGUACUUUCCUGAACCUUCUUAGUGGUUUACAUGCCUCUGAUCCUAUGUGCAAUAUUUUUGGUUGACAUUUGUAUUCAUUGUUAGAUACACAGCUUGCAGAUUUCUUAGUCUUCCUCCACCCCAAACAAGCCUGCCAUCUGGUGGGAUCCUUAGGAAUUUGGUUCUUAACCAACUACUUAGAAGGCUUCCAUUCUGCUAGUCCCCAGCCUUGUCCCUCUUAUGCCUGGACUUCUCCCUUCUACCCACUUUUCCUUUUAAAGUUUGUGUAGGGUUUCAGCUGCAGUCCAGAAGUAACUAGACAAUGCCUAAUGUUAAGUAGAACAUCGAUCUGUACUGGUUCUGUUGAUGCUGAAAUCGCAAACUCUAGGCAAACAAAGGGGUCUCCAGUGUCUUUUCUUUCAGAAGCAGGGAGUUUAUAUUCUCUAAGGCCUUGAAUUAAUUUUUUUCCUCAUAAAAUAGUCUGAUAAGCUAAUUUUUAAGAAAGAAAUGCCAUUAAGUAUGUUGCGUUGUGGUUUAAAAUUACUAACAAGUUCUGGGAAAGAAAAAUAUUUGAUUUUAAAAAUGUUUUUUAAAAUUAGAUUUGAAUGGGUGCGAAAUAUGAGUAUUUUGUUUCUUUAAGAAGGACAUAGAAAGGGUUUGAGGGUUUGGGAUGGGAGAAGUAUUUUGCAGAGUUAUCAAUGUCCAAAUAAUUUUUAAAAAAUAAUAAAAGUAUUUAAGCA